AGGACGCGGAGACUGAUGAAAGAACUGCAAGAGAUCCGACGGUUGGGUGACAACUUUAUAACCGUAGAGCUGGCGGACGAUAACCUCUUUGACUGGAAUGUCAAACUGUUCCAGGUGGACAAGGACUCUGCACUGUGGCAGGACAUGAAAGAAACGAACACCGAGUACAUACUGCUGAAUGUGACUUUCCCCGACAAUUUCCCCUUCUCACCGCCUUUCAUGCGGGUCCUCACGCCAAGGUUGGAAAACGGCUAUGUUCUCGACGGAGGUGCUAUUUGUAUGGAGUUGUUAACCCCUCGAGGUUGGUCUAGCGCCUAUACCGUGGAGGCCGUGAUGAGACAAUUUGCAGCGAGUCUUGUGAAAGGACAGGGACGGAUCUGCAGGAAAGCGGGGAAGUCUAAAAAGGCCUUCAGUCGUAAGGAGGCAGAGGCCACUUUUAAGAGCCUUGUGAAAACCCACGAGAAGUACGGCUGGGUCUCUCCUCCCGUCUCCGACGGCUGA